AUGGAUCCAUCAGCACUUGCUCGAAACUUGGACGCUUCCAUCACCAACCAUCCUAGCUGCCAGAAUGACUUUGAAGAUGUCGACAUACGUCUCAACCAAGCUUUGAGAAGGAUAGCUUCCGCGAUCAGCCGUCAGGUAGCCAUCACGCGCCACGUGCGAAACACCAACUGA